GGCAACAUUAAAUCAAAAUCAAACAUGGCGCGCGUACACACGGUUCCGCAAAUUUUUCAUUUUUUCAUUUAUUUCUCAUUUAUUUUAUGUUGUUUUACUGGUUUUGUGAGUGCCAAUCGCGAAUUGAAUGAAGACAACUGGAUAGAAAUCCUUGAGGGAGAAUGGAUGGUCGAAUUCUACGCCCCCUGGUGUCCAGCGUGCAACGCCCUAUCCCCGGCAUGGCGAGAGCUAUCAACGCGAGCCACGCGCAAAUCCCUCGGCGUGCGGACUGCGGCGGUAGACGUUACCAAGUCUCCUGGACUUAGCGGGAGAUUUGUGGUCACUGCGCUGCCUACUAUCUUCCAUGUGAUCGACGGUGAAUUCCGCCAAUACAAGGGUCCCCGGGACGUGGAUUCCAUGCUGGGCUACGUGGAAGACCAGCGCUGGAAGCAGACGGAACCAGUCCCAUCGUGGAAGGCGCCCAACUCCAUACAAAUGACUCUGGUCGCUGAGUUCUUUAAACUAAGUCAAGCGCUCAGGAGUGUGCACAACAUGCUGAUGGAAACAUACGGGCUGCCUACAUGGGGUUCCUAUCUGAUCUUCGCAUUAGCCACCAUAUUCAUUGGAGCACUACUCGGACUGAUCCUAGUGUGCAUCAUAGACCUGCUGUACCCGCCGCGGCGCGGGGAGAAGGUGUUCGUCUCGCAGCAGGAGCUCGACAAGCGGGCAAGGGGCGACCAGGAUGCUAAGGACAAGUCCGAUGAUGAUCAGGAGCUGAUCAACGACGACAUCGUGGAUGACGACGACAAUGAAAAGAACAGCGAUGCAGAGAAGAAUUCACCCAGCGAUUCAUCAGAGGAAGACAAAGAGAAGCCGGCGGCAGCGGGCGGCGACUCCGCCCCCGCGGGCGCCGAGCGAGGCGAGGUCCGCAAGCGCAGGCCCCGCAAGGCCGACUAGGCGACCGCCCGGGUCUAACCCACACACUUGCUUACGCCGGGGACCUACAGUUUUAACUGCAGAGAUAAAAAAAUAAACAAAAUAACUAGCGGAGAUGUCAUAACACAAAUUAUUCUCCUAAGAAAGUAGCGCGACAACAUGCGGGUGUUCGGGGGACGAGGAACGUUACUAGCUCCGCCCUUACAAGCCUUCUUUGGAACCAAAUCACCUCUCAAUCAAGAGCAAUCUUUGACAGAUUGGUCUUAGUUUGACAAGGAAGUAGAACGCUUCGUUGGUUCUAGUAACUGAUUUCUUUUUCGAUCUGCUCUGAUGGUUUUGAUAUGACAUCUCCGCUAAUCUUUCCUUCCUCUGUAAUCAAAAUACUCGAACUGUUAAGCCAAAAUUGAGAAAUGUACAGUAAAACUGACAAAACGUUAUCAAUAUUAACUAUCAUAGUUAAAACUGAAGGUCUGUAGCCGGCUUUACACAACAACACUAAGACAACGCCGGUUAACGUAUUUUCUGAUAGUGUGCUUUUUCAAAAUGUUGGUUUUAGUAAAAAAAUAUGUAACGAAAACACUGUUUGGUCAGUUUAAGUAUUGUUAGGUAUCUAGAGGAGAUUCUAUUUAUGCUAAUUUCAUAUACCAAUAAGGUUCGGGGGGUCGUCGCCUUCCGUAAUAUGACUUCGUAAGGUCAUGAACCCUUUUUUAUGUGAAUUUCUUAUCUACUAUAAAAUAUACAAAAUAUUGAAAACACGCACACAAUAAAUUAUAAAAUCUAAAUAAUAUAAUUUACUUACACUAUCGGAAAAUAUUGAAAUCGACUUACAACAAGCGAAUUAUAAAGUUGGUUAGACCUCUUAGAGCGUAAAUAUAAAAUUCCUGAGCCUUAGAGGUCAGAAAAAAAGCGAAGCCUUAUAGCGGUUUCUUAUUAGCAAGGAGAAUUUGCCCUUGACCUUCAAGGUCACUAAUUGUCGCGAAUUGAGUAAUCAGUUUCAAUUAAACGAAAUAAUCUUUAUUUUAGUAUUUGCAAUGUUAAUUGUGGUUGCCAGAUAAAAAAAAGCCUGCCUUAAAAUAUCACCUAGCUUCCACCCGUUGUUUCACCCGCGUCCCGAGGAAACUUUCCCGCACAUGGAUAAAAACGUACACCCAUAUAAACUUUCGCAUUUAUAAUGUACAUGAAAUAUCUGGCAACACUAUUAACAUGGCAUGAAAUAAAAUAAUUGAAACAUUGGCAACACUGGUAUCUUAAUUCGCGACCGGCCUAUAACACUAUGGUAUGAGAAAAGUAAAAGUAAAGAUUGUUUGUAGUGCUCGAUUCAUACCAUUUGUAUUUCUUGUAGUGUGUUGAUAUUUAACUCAUUUUUAUUUUUAAACGGUAAUGAAGAUUAAACAUACAUCAGCACAAAAAAAUGGCUAGAAACUAUAUAAUAAAAUGUUAGGAAAAAUAUGUAGUACCCAAACCCUCGAUUAACUGUCUCGCGGCAAUUAACGCUACAUAUUUUUCCUAACAUUUUAUGUCAUGGAUUCCCUCAGUGACGCCUAAUUCCAUAAUUUUAUAUGGUAUCUUAUGUAUUCAGCGUUAAUUUUUUGCCAUUUACAUGCAUUUAUUAGCAUUAUCAACAUCUUAGAUAUAAACUAUUGAGUUAAUGCUUGGAAAGUAAUAGUAGUUAAAUAUCAACAUUCACAUAUGUUAAAAUUAUUCUAUCUGUGUUGUCUUCCCAUUAUUUUUAACUGUCAUUUAUUAUUUAAUAAUUAUUAUUAUUCAAUAUUUUUUCUAUAAAAAUGUUUUGCUUUUCAAGUAAGCUGAAUCUUUUUAUUCAUAUAUUUUAUAGUAUUUCAUUCCAUAAAAAGCAUUAAACAAGAUAUAUUCGUAUUUUCUCACAUACUAGAAACAUGUUGGCAUAAGUUUUAUAUGAAAAAUAUUCAACUCCAAAAAGGUCUAAUUUUCCAUAUAAAUAUGUACGAAAAUACGAACUGUUCUUAUUACAAUAUAAUAUGAGUGUACAAAAUAUUGUAUUUCGUUGCUUUUUCCAAAAUGUCCUCAUUUUCAACGACCAUUUAAAUCGAAAUUAUUACUUUAUAUUAUUUACUGUUCGGGUGUUUGGUGUGAGUGUAUGAAUGAGUGUCGUUACGGCUCAAUUUGAUUGCAUUUCGACGUUCACUAGUAUUUUGUAAUCUCACAGUCUUUUAUAGUGAAGGUUGAUGUAGUUUUGGUAAAUAACUUUAGCAUUAUAUAGUAUUUUAAAAAACAAUACUACUAUUUCUUCCUACGAAAACCUCUUCCUUUUUGGAAAGUCGGUUAAAAAGAUCAUAAAAUUAAAUCACUAUGUAUCAAGCUUGCUUUGAUCAGUCAGCCUGCUACCACCGACUGACUGAGCAAUAUUUGACUACAUACACUAUAUCUUUUUAUCUCAUCUUUUAUCUUAUGAAUAUUUCAACACUUUCUUUGUUAAAAAAUCAUGUCUUGAUCUAUACUUUCGACUUAUCGACCAUUUACUAGCUAAAGUUAUUUACAGAAAACUACAUAAAAAUCCUUCACAUAGCAUUUAUCAAUCACAGAGUGUUUAGUUUGCACCAAAUUUAGUGUAAUUUUACUUUUAUUUAAAUCAUAAAACUUGAGACUUUCAUCAAAGUAUUAUAUAAGUAUAUUUUAUUUUUAACGUAAUUUUGUAUUCAUUGGGUAGUUUGCUUAUGUAUUGUUAGUUUUUGGAUAAUAGAGUAUUUUACUUAUGGCCAAGAAUAAGUUAUAUUAUGUAGAUACAGGGGUACCUAUUACAAUAAAAAAUACACAACACUGUCAACAAGAAAGCUACAUCAUUGUCCUAUUGCCAACUGAGCCUAAAAAGCCCUAAAUGUGUAGUUAUGAAAUUACCACAACGAAAGUUAACUUUCCAUAAGCAAUUACGCCAACGAUUUUAUUUUAUUUUUUACAGAAAGUUUAAGAAAAUUGGAUGGAAUGAGACUAAACGAAAUCAUGUGAAAAUAUUCAUUCAAGAUUUUUUUAUUCAUGCCCAUCGUGUUUUGAGUUGAGUGGUGAAGCAGUAAUAAUUAUUAUAAGUAUUUAUAUUAUCGCUUUUUAUAUAACGAGGCUAAUAUAUCAUUUAUAUAUUUUAUGGAGGCUAACAAUUAUUUUACAGCCUUAAAAAUAUUAUUUUCUCGAUCAAUUGAAGGAUAAUACUAAUUUUAUAUGUAAUCUGCUUCGCCUCUUCGCUCUAAGCGCGGUGAAAAUCACAUUCCUCUUGCGAGUAAUGAAUUGAGCGCUCAAUAAUAUACAAUGUAUCGAUCUACGUACUUAUUGAGAUUAGAAUUAUGUAUUAGGCCUCACGUUGUGUCACUUUUAGCAUUAUAAUAAAGAAGAACUAAUAUAUAAAUAACGUUUACAAGACAGUAAAACAGCUAAAGUGAAGAAAAAAAAACGAUUCUUACACAUACAAUGCUAAAAGUUCUACAAAAAGUAAUAUUUAUUUAUUUGUUGCAAUACUCAAAUUAUAUGUUCGCUUAUAUUUUAUUAUGGUUUUAUGUAUUAUGAUGAUUAUAUUAUACAUUAUUUGAAUACACGAAACAUUAGGGUUAUUGAAAUUGUAACGAACGGAGCGCUGUGGUGGUUUGUAUCGAAAACGAGAAGGGAUAACUGAAACUGUAUUAUUAAAGUCUAUAUUACAGAAUUAUAACACUCAAGUAUAUUAUUUAGAGCUUAGCUUUUUAGUUUAGGGCUCUAAUUUUAAUUAGAACUUGAGUUUGUAACUGUUAUAAGACAGCAUAAGCCCAUAUGCGAUAUAUAACUGUUACUCGUUAAAAUCAGAGUCGAUUGAAGCAAGUUGUCAGUAGUAAGUAAACUAUAGUUUUUCAGAGUAUUAUGUAUUUUAUAUCGACUGCAAAUACGAGUAGCAAGUGUUUAUAUAAUAUAUAAUCAUUAUUUUUUCUUCUGAAUUUGUAAUAUUCCAUUUUCAGCGUAGAAUUUUAUGGUUGGAAUUCAAAGUUUCAGUUAUCCCGGCUCGGUGUGGUAUUGUCAUUGUUAACAUGAAAAUUGCCUUGUACAAAGACUUAAGAUUGUUUUAAGUGUUGCGUUUAUAUUAACUAUUGACCUAGUGACUUGCUGAAUAAAAUUUGUAUUUGUA